AUGGUUCGAAUAUCGGAGCCUACCGUUCCCGAGUCUAUAGGUGGCUGGUACAAGCACCACUUGUUUUUACUUGGUCUUGAUAAGAUCAAGCUUUGCAUUUACCAGAAGUUGUCUUCCCUUCACUCGCAGGUCGGUGGAGGUGCAAUUAAGUCUGUGGUUAGUGACUUGGUGCUGUUUGCUAAGACGGAAUGUGUUACCCAUCCAAAGAUCUUGGAGCACGUGGGGAUGUCUUCGGAGGCUGUACCAAGGCACCAAAGUCGACACAAGCUGGAUGUGAGGUCGUUCUACGUUCAGGUAGCGUAUAUGAUGCUCACGGAGCCGGAAUCCAAGUUGGAAUCACUCGCUGACGCCUUGCUUGAGCUCUACCUAGAGCUGAGAGGCUACAAGCUUACAAUGAAUGAGCCAGUGAAUGCUCAGGAGAAGCAAAUCCUACGACUCGCUUCGAAAUACUACAAGUCGUGUUCCAUCAACUAUAAGUUGUUGUACGACCAUAAGUCGUAUCCUCGUAGGAUCGACAUCGCGGACCAGUCGCUAUCGAUUAACCUCCCACCAUUGCCUCAGCUUAAGUCAAAGCACUUGUUGGCAAAGGCAUUGAUGCAUAAGGAAUUGUACCGUGCUAUUUUCCUGGAGAACCACGACUUCUACAAGUCUUUGGUUGCAAAGAACAUAUCUGUUGAUAGACUGGCAUUGAAUGUGAUUCGGUACGACUUAUCAUUUUUAGAUGGUCUUGGUGAUUUGUUUUUGGCAGGAGAAUCCUCGGAGUUCUUGUGCAAAUUCAGGCACCUGGAACCUUACUCUGCCGAUGACUCUUUCGGCAAGAAGAGUUACAACUUGCUCAGAACCGUUUUGGCUACGAAUACGUUGAUGUCAAGGUUAGCAGUUGCAUACAAUCUUCAUACGGCACUCGACGAUCCAAACGUUCGUGAGUUGCUUGAGUCCGAGUAUAUCCCUUACAUGGCAGGCCAAAGGGAUUCGGAACCACCAUCAUGCCAGGCUCGUUACGAAGAAGAGUUCAUUGCCGACUACUUUGAGCAGUACGUGGGAGCUCUUUACCUAGAACAACCAGUUGUGGCCAAGUCAUGGAUCAACUCCUUGUUCGAACAGAUUUUGUUUUCAAUUACGGAUUCUUAUCGAAUCAAGCAUCGCAAGCAAAAGCUAGUUCAAUAUGACUACCGUGCCUGGGGCGUGGAUGUUAUUGGGCGUUCUUUGAAAUGA